CAGAUGUGAUCCAGUCUUCUGUGUAUAAGAGUAAUAAUAAACAACACACUGCAUGUUCCGGUGUAUCUGAUGUCUCAGGCUGUGUAUCCUCCGCCCUAAGACGAAGCACAGCUGCCGGCUGUCAGCGGCUCUGCUGCGGGCAGGCAGCAGCAUCCUCUCCGGCCAGGAGUGAAUGAGUAGGGUCGGUGGCCGACAGGGAGGGGUCCUUUGAUUUCAGGGCUUCCUCCUCCUGGAUGGAGCCCGGCUGUUUGCAGGCAGCGAUGGCCAUGGGAGAUGUCUCGAAAAAAGCGUCGUUUAGGAACGUGGCGGUGGAGCGAAAAAACCUCAUCACCGUCUGCAGGUUUUCUGUAAAGACGCUGUUGGAAAAAUACACAGCGGAGCCCAUAGAUGAUUCCUCUGAGGAGUUCAUCAACUUCGCAGCCAUCCUCGAACACAUUCUCAGCCACCGUUUCAAAGGCUCCGGCAACUGGUUUGAUGGCCAGAGGAGUUACUGGGACUAUGUCCGUCUGUCCUGCGCUAAAGUCCCCAACAGCUGCAUCAGCAGCAUCGAGAGCAUGGAGAACAUCAGCACCUCGCGAGCCAAGGGGCGAGCCUGGAUAAGAGUCGCACUGAUGGAGAAGAAGCUGUCUGAAUACAUCGCUACUGCUCUGAGGGACAGCAGAACGACCAGGAGGUUCUAUGCAGAAGGAGCCAUCGUGUUAAGAGAGGAAGCCACGGUCCUGACAGGGAUGCUCAUAGGUCUCGGAGCCAUAGAUUUUAGUUUCUGUCUGAAAGGGGAAGCCUUGGAUGGGAAAUCUUCCGCCGUGAUUGACUACACACCGUACUUGAAAUUCACACAAAGCUAUGAUUACCUGAGUGAUGAUGACGAUCAACAAAGUGUUGACAGUAGCACAAGCGACGACAGCGGCCCCGACCACCCCUACAUCCCCCUGGUCACUGACGAGGAAAGCUGGAGCACAAAGUGUCGCAAGAUGGAGCAGAGGUUCAAGAUCGUCAAUGCUCAAAAGGGUUACCUGGAGGAGCUUGUGCGCCUGCGUGAGUCCCAGCUGAAGAACACAGAAACAGAGAACAAGAGGCUAAAGGCCAGACUGGAGGAGCUACAGAGCCACAGCACACAGGAGAAGAAGGAGCUGGAGGCCAUCGUCCUGGAGCUUCAGGAGCAGCUGACAAGCUUGAUUCCAUGUGACUCCAACCAUCUGGCCAAAAACCUUUCAAUCCCUUUGGUCAACCAGUGGCCGACGCUCCAGCCGUACAACAACCAAGACGACGUCAAGCUGUUCCGCAGGAGGAGUUUCCCCAGCACAGAGCUGCUGUCAGUGGAAAUCAGCCUUGAUUCAGACUCCCAGAGGACUGAGGGGAGACAUAAUGGAGGAGCCUGGUGCACAGAAAAGGACUACACCCCCUCCAUGAUGGGCUUGUGUGGGUCCUUGGCCUCCCUCCCGAGCUGCAAAUCUCUGGCUAGCCUCAAGUCCAGCGAGUGCCUGGUCCACAUCAGCACAGAGAACAGUCCUGCCCUCUCUCCCAGCUAGGGGGCGCCAAAGAAACACUGCCAACCUUUAAACUGACACUGAGACAAUUCAACAUGAAUACACAAUAGACUACUUCUGGGAGCUGGACAAAUGCUCUCUUUUGUUGCCCUAACGUGAGUCCCUUCAUGCUCUGAGUCUCAAGUUACACCUUUUAAGCGUUUGUGAAAGAGUAGCCUCCCUGUCUCCCUGUGACUGUCCAGCAAAGAUGCAGGAGAAGCUGCUGUACUGCCCGACGGCCUCCUGCAGUUUCACUGUCUUUAAUUGUCUUGUCAUGAUUUAGCCUCCUGGAAUGCAAACAACCGGUUCAAGUUUGACCUCUCUUACGUCAUGAUGCUUGGUUUUGUGUAAUUACAGUCACGUCUGUACUGGUAACAUUCAGCAAAACUCGCUGUAGGUUUGUCCUGUAUGUAUGUACUUGUCCAUUUGUCUGUGUCUUCUCAGUCUGUCAGUGUAUCUUAUUCUGCCUCUUGCAUAAUACUGGCAGUGCAGGGUGGAUGAGCUGUUAUAACCUUAAAGGGAACAGAAACAAUGUGUUGCCAUAUUAUAUUACACUAUUACAAGAGAGAUAAAAAAAAUAGGCUUGUACUGUUCAAAGUUAAAGUGGCCAGAGGGUUUUCUGAUGGGUUUAGGAUGAAAGACAGUUUAGGCCUUAUUCAAUCAUACUGUACGUUAGACACAGAUUUUAGGAUGGGACACUAAAGACAUGACAGGCUGCAAAGGUUUGCAGAGCCACUACAAUGUGAGCAUAAAAAAACAGACAUAAUAUCUAUUGCAUAUAAAUGCAAAGUGCAUUGUGACUAUGCAGAAUGAAUGUUUUCUUUGUCUUUUUCUACAAACCUGGCUUGAUAGAGUAGUUUGAGCAGGAGAUAAAUAGUGAAUGUGCAAUGUGCGCGUGUGUGUGCCAUUUGGUUUUUUGGCUUUUCUUUUUUCUUUUUAUAUUUUAAUUAAUUUCAUGACUUACUUGUCUUAUUUACCAUCUUGUAAAUUGCAAUCUCAUGCAGUGUUGUUGAGAGUUGGGAUACAUUGUUUUAUGUAAAACUGCAAUAAAACUGCCUUCUUUUGAAACAUUAAAUGCUGGUAUGCAACGGA